CUUGCGUAUGUGGAAUGGUUCACACCCUUCCAGCAACCUGAAUCCCACCAUGGGCUGUACAAAAUUUGCCGUCUGAUGCGUCAUGGAGAGCGUCUUGCAAGCAUUAUCGAUGUAUCGGACAUCCGCAGGAGUGUUCAUCUUUUUCCAAAUUUCGGCGCAGUAGUACCUCGUGAAUGGACGAGCAGUACCGUUCUGGAGCUCUGUCCCAGCUUCUCUGUAAACUCGUUUAGUGACCGACACGCUUAUUUAACUAUUGUUUGA